AUGGAAGUGCUUCUUCACCUCCUUGUAGCCCAAGUCAUCUUAUUGGCUUUAGCAUCUUCAUUUGUAUCUUGUUACGACCCAUCUCCUCUUCAAGACUUUUGUGUUGCCGCCAAUAAUAAUACUAAUGGAGUUUUCGUAAACGGAAAAUUUUGCAAAGAUCCAAAACUAGUAACGGCCAAUGAUUUUUUUACUUUCGGCCUGAAGAUCCCGGGAAACACGAGCAACCGCCUAGGCUCAAUGACCACGACCAUUGGUAUACCUGGUCUCAACACUCUUGGAGUCACCAUCGCCCGCAUAGACUUUUCACCGGGCGGUCAAGUGCCUCCACACAUACAUCCACGUGCCACUGAGAUCCUAUUAGUCCUCGAGGGCAGGCUCUUAGUCGGUUUUGUGUCGUCGAACAUAUACAACAACACACUCUUCUCCAAAAUUCUUAAUCCCGGAGAUGUUUUUCUAUUUCCUGUUGGUUUGAUACAAUUUCAUGUGAACGUUGGGAAGACAAAUGCGGUUGCCAUUGCUGCGGCUGGGAGUCAAAACCCCGGUUUGAUCACGAUAGGCGAUGCGAUUUUUAGGUCGAACCCUUUCAUGGACCCGAUGAUUUUGGCUAAAGCUUGUGCGUUUUGGACGUGA